AUUCGUGCCCUGCUGCCCUAUUCGAUUCUUCAUUUGUGCGUGACGAGCGUCUCUGUUCAGAGAGCCAGCACGGGAGGAGAGAGUGACUGAGUGAGAGGCCCUUCAUUCUGGGGUUCUUCUUCGACCCUUUGAAGCCCUCUUUCCUUCGUGAGUUGGUCUUCCACACUGCGAACCAGCAGUAGCCCUUCGCGAGUUCGUCACUUCGUCAGGAGCUUCGCGAGUUCAUCGUGGACAUUUUCAAACCAGAAGGAGCUCCUCGCAAGCUCGUCUUUGAACGUUUGUGAGUUCAUCUGCGUCGAAGUUCGAAUUUGUCUAGUGACUGGUGCGCUUCUAUGUGCUGGACCUACGAACGAUCCACUCGGACCACUCCACACCUUGAGCAGCUCGAGUCGUCGUCUCCUCCAGGCUCCACGGAUCACUACCACAAGCUUCAAUCCCCUCCCCCCCCCCUAGCUCCACAGACCACUUCUCCACACCUCCAGCGUCCAGCUGCUCCAUGGUAAAGAUUAAGCUCCCUCAUGAUCCACAGUCGUAGAGGACCAGCCGACCAGAGGUGGAGCCGUGGAGUGUUUUCAGCCUUCAGAAUGUUGCGUUGCACUCAGACUCUCCUUCAAAAAGCUUCACCUAAAAACUCUCUGCUGCCUCUCUCUUGUCUCCAAAUCCUAGCUCUCUCAAACCAUGAUGAACAUGCAGACUGGCUCAUCCGCUCCAUCUCUGGGUCAGCCUCCAGCCCAAGCCUGUCAAUAUGGAGGCGCAAGAAAGAGAUGAGCAAAGAGGGCCUAAUUGUCGUCAAAGAGCUCAAGAGGCUACAAUCAAACGCCAUCCGUCUGGACCGCUUCAUGGGCUCCCAUGUCUCUCGCCUCCUCAAGUCUGAUCUCUUUGCCGUGCUUGCCGAAUUUCAGAGGCAAGGCCAAGUAUUUCUCUGUAUGAAGUUAUAUGAUGUGGUACGCAAGGAAAUAUGGUACCGGCCCGACAUGUUCUUUUACAGAGACAUGCUGAUGAUGCUUGCGAGGAAUCGAAAAGUAGAUGAAGCAAAGCAGGUGUGGGUUGAUUUGAAGAGAGAGGAGGUUCUGUUUGAUCAGCACACAUUUGGGGACAUUAUACGGUGCUUUUUAGACAGUGGAUUGCCUUCGGAAGCAAUGGACAUAUAUGAUGAAAUGAGACAAUCUCCCGACCCCCCAAUCUCAUUACCUUAUCGGGUCAUAUUGAAAGGUCUUGUCCCUUACCCAGAAUUGAGGGAGAAGGUAAAGGAUGACUUCUUAGAGCUUUUCCCUAAUAUGAUUGUGUAUGAUCCCCCUGAAGACUUGUUUGAAGACCAACGAUCGAGUACAAUGGAAGAAGAUGACUGAGAGUAUAUGGCCUUCGUCAUGAUUUUGCCUACUUGGGGAAACUAGUCAUGUGAAGAACUUCAAAGGAGUAAUGCCGUUUCACAGUGAUGAUAUUGUGCUCUGAAAUGAGCUGGUAAGUUAUUGUGCAGUAUUGUCAAAUAGGUGAGUUGUGUUAUAGCAGUAUUCUGAACUAUAGCAUUUUCGUGGUCUUUUUUUAACUCGGUUUCUCCCUCUAUUUUCUUAUCUCUCUCUCUCUCUCUCUCUCCCUCCCUCUUCUUCUUCGCUUUAGGUUUUUGAGGCCUUCAACUAAGAGUUGCAUUUAAACAUUGUAGCAAUUGCUGGACCAUUUAGUGGGUCAAUUAUAGAUGUUAAUGUUCCUAUGUUA